UCGAAAGGUGGUGCGAAAAAUAGCAGGUUACGUUGCUUUCUAGCAGGUUGCUAGUCGUAAACUGUUUGUAUAAACGAUUUCACGUCAAGUGAAUGAUUAGUUUGUUAAUCAACUAAUAUUAUUUUUUAAGUAAAAGAAAACUAUUUGAUUAUAAAAGUAAAUAUCCACGCCAGGCAUAUCAGAAUAACUAUGAAUAAGUGUACCUAAUAGUCUACAAGGAUCGAUUCUUGACUGCCUUAGGCCUUUAACAAACAAAAAAUUUCUCUUACGUUGUCACCAAUAAGUCGUGAUUUUUUUUUAUUGAAAUGGCUCUUGUACGUCAAAUACAAGGAAUUACAAAAUUUAUCUUUUCCUCCCGGAUAUCGAAACUUGGGUCAAAGAGCGAGCGACUCCAAUAUGUUCCAUUUGCAAGGCAUACCUCGACUACCCAGCCACUUUCAGAAAAAAAAGAAGUUAAUGUUACGUUUGUGAGAUCAAGUGGAAAAAGAAUAGAGGCCAAAGGGAAGGUGGGAGAUAGCUUGUUGGAUGUUAUUGUGAAUAAUGAAAUUGAUCUAGAUGGAUUUGGAGCAUGUGAAGGUACAUUGACUUGUAGUACGUGUCACUUGAUCUUUUCCAAAAAAGACUAUGACAGACUGCCUGAUAAGCCAUCAGAUGAAGAAAUGGAUAUGUUGGAUCUUGCAUAUGAAUUGACUGAUACAUCGAGAUUAGGAUGUCAAAUCAUACUGUCGGAGGAAUUAAAUGGCCUUGAAGUUAAAGUACCAUCCACUAUCCAUGAUGCCAGAUAACAACGUGCAGUGUUAGGUAGAAAUUAAUUAAAAUUG